UGACAUUUCGUGGGAAAAAGCCUGCAUUUAUCGUCCUUAGCCUUAGCCUUACCGUCCUUCCUUGUCUGUUGAUUCGAGCCACACAUCAGAGAUAUUUUGGACUUGCAGACAACGUUCCAGGCUGCCAUUUUUGACCUCCGAAACUUCUGUGCUCUUUCCUUCAAACAACUGUGGUGUAGUUUGUUCUUUUUCAGUGAUAACCCACAUCGACAUUCCGUGGAAUGGUGCUUUCAUUGAACAUAAAUUACAAAGAUAAAAUCCAUACGAGCCCAGUGAGUGAUCAUCUUGUUUCUGGAUAAAAAAGAGCAGCCGUUUUUAGUUUUCUUUCCUCUCUCUAUUAUUUCCUCUUCCUCACUGUCAGCAAUGGGCAAGUUCUGUUUUCCUUCAUGCUUUUGCUGCUCAUCCUCUUCACCCAAUACUGCUUCUCAACAACCAGCCAAUGCCGGGCCUUCUACGCCUUCAUCGUCUUCGCAACCUUCCCAACAACCAGUCAAUGCUGGACCUUCCUCUGUGACUAUUGUCGAUUUGGAGAGCUUUCUACAGAAAUUCAAUGAUAUAAGCCAGCUUCACGAUCUGAUUCACUUUAUCGAAAAUCAAUUGAAGAUCGCUUCGGGAGACAAGAACGAAGGAGGAUCUAGUUCAGCAGCAAGCUCUUAUAUCCAGGAUGGCCAAACAUUCUUGGAGUUUGUAGAUAAACACAUUAGCAAACUUCCUCAAAAGAAUGAUUCUAUAGAUAGUGCAAGUACAGAGAUAGAGAAGGUUGUUAUAAAUUUGCUGAAAGGCGCUGGAAAAAUUCAUUGGGUGGGGGCAGCACUUUCUGUGGUGGGAUUUGUAUUGGCCAGAUAUAGUGAGAUGCGUAACAACCAAAGAGAGUGUCUUGAGAUUUUGAAAGUUAUGGUUAAUCUUGGGAAGCAAAUUGUGAAGUUGAAUGAGCAAAUGCCAGAGGAGAAGGAGAAACUAAACGAGGCAGUCGAGUGCAUUGUUGAGGGAUGCAGCAUGUGUGCUUCCCAACUUGCAAACGCCAAAAUUUUCAGGUUUCUUACAGCUUCGGUCAAUGCCGAUGGUUUAAAGGCUUUCCAAGCUAAAAUAGACCUCUUGUAUCAUGACCUCACAUUAUCGGCUGUAACUGAGAUACAGAAUAGAUUGCCAAAAAUUGCUUCGCUCUCAAAGAUUGCAUACAAACCAGCAGUUGGAAUUGAGGAGGGACUGGAGAAGGUACUUGAGCUGUGGUUGUCUAUGGAUUCGGAGGCAUCGGGAAAACGACACUGGCUGAUGCCGUUUAUGACCACAUUGAUCCCCAAUCUUGUAAGAAAUUCAGAAUUCACAUGGAUCAAGAUUGUACCAAAAAUGAUCUUAAAGUCCUCCAAGAGUUCAUUAUAGAAAAAAUGUUCAAUCAAAAUGUGAAAUUGACAGACUGUGACCACGGUCGGCAAAUGAUCUGGUCAGUCUUCAAAAAGAAUCCUGAUCAGCCUUUAUUUCUGUAUGUUGACAACGGUCUCAAAAUGACAGAUAUCAGACAACUUCUGCCUGAAGACUUGGGCAAUUGCCUUCCACCCAGAAGUAGAUUGCUCGUCACUACAAGAAAUCUUCAGGAGACAAACAUAUUUGUCUUCUGGAAUGUUCAGCGCCAACAAUAUCUUGUGAAUCCUCUUCCAGA